AGAGGCGUACGGGAUAAAACAAAUUCUAAGGUUGGACGUCAUCUUUUGCACUUCGUUCUUUUCUCUUAUUGACUAUCCAGUGUGCUGGGGCCCCAAGUUUCCGGCCGCGACGGGUUGCGCCGCAGACACGCCGCAUAGUGACUGGACCACUCAGAAGCAAGGAUGGGGUUGGUGUGCGUUGACCUUGAUUGUCAUAAAACCGUGGCCGUUAUUGACGGCCGCCGAUCGAACCGGCCCAGGCCAAAUGCCGAACAUGCCCCACUUCCCCGGCCGAAUCUCCGGCCGGUUCCGGGUAAUGGGCCGGGGCAGGCUCCAGACACCCCUCAAACGACAGAUCAGGAUGACGCACCGGAGUGCCAUACUUCGUCCGAUAUUCGAACUUCCCCCCAUGAUGUAGUUCCAGCACCGCGUAGACAUCUGGAGCGUUUGAUCAACAUGGCCAUCGCCGUCGCCCAUGGGGCCACGCUAGGUCAUGCCUGUUAGCAAUUUCAGGAAACCGGACAUUGAAAAUUGGAUGCUAUGUCUGAUCAUCGCUGACUGGUUUAGCUUCAAUAGCCACCGCCUCCCUGUUGACGUUUUCUUCUCCAACUCCCCUGC